CUCUUCAGCAUGGCCGAUUGAGAGCAAAACAACACACAGAGGAACAUAAAGAGCAGCACAACUCAGUAUUUUACCUCAGACCUACACAUUUUUUUUCAGCGGUUCAUAUUACGAUAGUAUUUCACGUAUCUCCGAUCAUGCCAUCUGCUUGUGAGUCUUUUGUGGAUGAUAUUGAGGAUAUGGUGACCUCGCAUGACCCCACUCCUCAGGAGCGCCAGUUCGCAAGGAAGAGCAUUGUGCCUCACGCACGCAAACAAAAGCAACAACCUGCAGGAGAAGAACUUCAGGCAGACAGUGUGAUUCCUGGCACACAGAAGGUCUGGGUGAGGACGUGGGGCUGCUCUCACAACAACUCUGAUGGAGAAUACAUGGCUGGACAGUUGGCUGCCAGUGGUUAUAAGAUAACAGAGAAUCCAUCUGAUGCGGAUCUGUGGUUGCUGAACAGUUGCACAGUCAAAAACCCUGCAGAAGAUCACUUCAGAAACUCCAUCAAGAAGGCACAAGAGCAGGAUAAGAAGGUGGUUGUUGCAGGAUGUGUGCCUCAGGCCCAGCCCAGGAUGGACUACCUCAAAGGCCUGAGCAUAAUAGGGGUCCAGCAGAUUGACAGAGUGGUGGAGGUUGUGGAUGAGGCUGUUAAAGGUCACUCCGUGCGUCUGCUGGGUCAGAAGAAGGAGAAAGGCAAGCGUUUGGGAGGAGCGCGCUUGGAUUUGCCAAAGAUUAGGAAGAACCCACUGAUUGAAAUCAUUUCCAUCAAUACUGGCUGUUUGAAUGCUUGCACAUACUGCAAAACCAAGCACGCCAGGGGGGAUCUGGCCAGUUAUACCAUAGAGGAACUCUUGGAACGAGCCAGACAGUCCUUCCAGGAGGGUGUAUGCGAGGUCUGGCUUACUAGUGAAGACACAGGGGCGUAUGGCAGAGAUAUUGGCACAGACUUGCCAACAUUGCUCUGGGAACUGGUGAAGGAAAUACCAGAGGGAGCAAUGCUCCGGCUGGGCAUGACCAACCCCCCAUAUAUCCUUGAACAUCUGGAGGAAAUGGCUAAAAUCCUUAACCACCCACGAGUCUACGCCUUCCUCCAUGUGCCUGUCCAAUCAGCAUCUGACAGUGUCCUGAUGGACAUGAAGAGAGAGUAUUGCUGUGCAGACUUCAAACAAGUUGUAGACUUCUUAAAAGACAAGGUUCCAGGCAUCACAAUCGCCACUGACAUCAUCUGCGGGUUCCCAGGAGAGACGGACGAGGACUUUGGACAGACGAUGGAACUCGUGAGGCAGUACCAAUUUCCCAGUCUCUUCAUCAACCAGUUCUACCCUCGGCCUGGAACUCCAGCAGCCAAGAUGGAACAGGUCCCAGCACAAGUGAAAAAACAAAGAACCAAAGAGCUCUCUGCCCUUUUCCACUCGUAUAACCCUUACGAUCACAAGGUUGGAGAAAGACAGCACGUGCUGGUGACUGAAGAGUCUUUUGAUUCCCAGUACUAUGUUGCCCACAACAAGUUUUAUGAACAGGUUCUGGUGCCCAAAAAGCUGGAGUUCAAAGGGAAGAUGAUUGAGGUGGAUAUUUAUGAAGCUGGGAAGCACUAUAUGAAGGGCCGGCCAGUGGAUGAAGCACAGGUCUUCACUCCCUCAGUCGCUCAGCCUCUUCAGAAAGGAGAGGUGUCUGGACUUCCUCAGGAUUUGAAGAGUUACCAUCAGAAUGGUGUCCAUGCCUCGGUGGAUUCCUCUUCACUCAUGGGAUGGUCAUGGAGGUUUGAGGGCGAAAGACUCAAACUGCUUUCAUUGGGACUGGCUCUAGCUGCCAUAAUAGUGGCUUUUGUGAUUGAGAAGCUCCAUUAACCGAGAAGAUUCAUCAUGAUGCGUCGGAAGAGGCCUUAAAGAGUGUGCAGUGACCCAGGGACUCUUCAAACCAAUGUUCGAAUAUUAAUGUAUUGUGUUUUAAGGUCAAUUAAAGGUAAAUGAGGCAGAUAGGUUUGUGCAAUUAUUAUUUUUUUAACUACUCAUCAAGGACUCUCUCAGGAUUAUUUUAAAGACUGAAACACAUCUUGUUACCAAGUGAUGGCAUGCAUUGUGAUGUUUUUGAAAGGCCUUUUUUUAAACACAUACUUUUUGUUGUGUUUAGAAAUCAAAGUGUCUUUGUACAAGGACAGCUUGAAAGUGUCUUUGGAUUUCUUUUCAUUUUAAAAGGCAGCAGCCAUUCAUUUUCAAGCCUAGGUGUCUCGCUUUUGAGUUUGGGCUCAGAGCAACAGUCUACUGCCAGCUUUGUUCACAGCAUAAAGCAAGUCUAAUAAAUGAGACU